GGAAGAAAAAUACAUUGUUUUCCAAUCCCAGUUGAUGUUACUGUUUAAAUUUUGCCAUGUUUGCAAGGCAGAUAACCCGCUCGUAGAAAUGGUAACAGAUGGUACACUAGUUGUUGUCAAAACAACCUGUGGAAACCCCGCGUGCGAUAAAAGGAAUAACAUCUGGAAAAGUCAGCCACUUUUGCCAAACACAAAAGUAAAUGCAGGAGACUUCCUUUUAAGUUUUGCCAUACUUGUUUCUGGAGGAUCUUCCACCAAAGUGAUCAACAUGUUUCGACACAUGGGGCUUGCUACAAUAUCUAAUGAGUCUUUCUAUAGACACCAAGUGAAAAUGGUGCUUCCGACAAUCUUUCUUCACUGGAAAGACUAUCAAAGAAAGAUUCUUGAUAGAUUACAGGCUCUGGAAUCAAUUACCAUUUCUGGUGACGCACGACAUGACAGCAUGGGUCAUAGUGCAAAAUAUGGUGCUUAUACAAUAUUUUGUUGUACUUCAGCUGAAAUAAUCGAUUUUAGUUUGAUCCAGGUAUAAACAAAUUUUAAAAUUCAACCUCAAGCAAUGUGACUAUCAUUCAAAGGUUAUGCUGAUUGUGUCUCUUC